AUGUCAUCAAUAAAUAAAAAUGAAUAUCGACAAAAUGCAUCCCCUGAUGAUGAUGAUGAUGAUGAUGAUGAGAAUGAUGAAGAAAAUUUUAAUGAUGAACAAGAAGAAGAAAUAAAUAUACUCGAACAAGUACAAGGAUUGUUUUCAUCAGAUAUAUUUCCAAAUGUGAUAGAAAUGUUUCGAGCUUAUCAAUCACAAUUUGAUCUUGUCGAAUUUCUUAAAACACAUCAAAUUGUUUCUCAAUAUGAUUAUAUUCGAUUAAUUAAUUAUAUUCGUCUCGAAAAACCUUCAAUGGACGAUUUAAAACAAUUAAAACCAUCGACAUCACCACCAUGGGCAGAUGAUAAAUAUUUCACGACUGUUAUUGAUAAUGAUCCAGCUUUACAAUUUGAUAUUGAAGAAGAUUUAAAUCAACUUGGUGAUUUGACCAUAUCAAAAACUAUUCACGAAAAUGAUCAGUUAAUAAAAGCUAAUCAAAGAAUUCGAGAAUUAGAAGAAAUGGUUGAAACAUUAAAAUCGAUGACAUCUCGAUUAUUAGAUGAUCAAUCUACCGGUGUAACAACAACAUCAAAAGCAAAAACUAAAGAUGAUAUUCAAGACGAUGAUUAUUUUGCUACAUAUAAUCAUUAUGAUAUUCAUAAAGAAAUGCUUCAGGAUAAAAUUCGUACGGAAAGUUAUUUAAAAUCAAUAAAAGAAAAUGUGGAUGUAUUUCGUAAUAAAAUUGUAUUAGAUGUUGGAUGUGGAACGGGUAUACUUUCUAUGGCAUGUAUUAAAUAUGGACAAGCAAAAAUGGUUAUAGCUGUUGACAUGUCAGAUAUGAUUUAUGAUGCUAUGGCUAUUGCUAAAGAAAAUAAUAUUGAUGAAUCGAAAAUUGUUUUUAUUCAUGGAAGAAUUGAAGAUGUGAAUUUACCUGUUGACAAAGUUGAUAUUAUCAUAUCUGAAUGGAUGGGCUAUUUUCUAUUGUUUGAAUGUAUGUUGGAAUCGAUUAUCUUUGCUCGUAAUAUGUAUUUAGACAAAGAAAAUGGUUUGGUAUUACCUGAUGAUUUUUCCAUACAUAUGUCGGGUUUUCAUUCGGAUAAUCUUUAUCAUGAACAUAUUGGUUAUUGGUCAGAUGUUUAUGGUUUUGAAAUGAAUACUGUUGCAAAAAAUAUUCUUGUUGAUGGUCAUGUUAUGAUUGUACCAGCAAAUGCUAUCAUGACUAGUGAUUGCUGUAUUAAAACGUUGGAUAUUUAUACAUGUUCAAAUGAUGAUAUUACUUUUACACAUCCAUUUACUGUUCAAGCACUUAAAUCUGGUUCUAUAUCAGGUUUUGUUUGUCAUUUUGAUGUGAAUUUUGCUAAGAAUCUUAUUGAAAAGGUGCAUUUUUCUACAUCACCUCGAUCACCAGAUACUCAUUGGAAGCAGACAGUAUUCUUUUUACCUCGACUAUAUAAUGUUCAAGAAGGUGAAGAAAUAACUGGAAAAAUUUCAUGUCAAAGACAUCCAAAUGAAAAACGUGAUUUUGGUUUACAAGGUAUUCAAUUAAUUUUUCAAAUAAAUGUAUUGAAAAUUAUGAGUGACAACGAAGAUACAACAACAAAGCCUCCAUCAACAACACUUGGAGCAAUGGGUCUUCUGGCCAAUAAUCCGUUAGUUGCAGGUUCAAGCGAAUUACAACAUACAGAGUCCACAACAAAUAUGAAUAAUGAUAUUAGUAAAGAACCAAGUAAUGAUGAUUUUGGUAAUGAAGAUAAUGAAAAAAAAACGAAUGAUCUUCUUAAUGAUUUACAAUCAGAAUCAAUAACACCUGAUGAUAAUAAUGUUCUUUCUGGAAGAGCAAUUACAUCUGGUCGUUUAACUACUGAUCAAGAUAAUAGCUCGACACCGAAUAUAAUUGAUCCAUCAGUCAAUCAUAUUAAUCAAGCUCCGAGACGAUCCAUGAGUGAAUCAGUUCUUAUUGAUCAUCAUAAUCCAAUUGAAAAACCACCACCAUUACCUAUUCAACAAGAUGAAAGUUCAACUGAUGGUGACGAUCUUGGUAGUGUUCAAACAAGAACAAAUGAUACUGGCAAUGAUGAUUCCAUUAAUCAAUAUCGACAAGAUUUAUCAACAGAAGAACAAGAAAAUAAUACAAAUCGUACAUUCGAUAAUGAUUCUUUGCAUUCAAAAACAGAACCUAUUAUUGAUAGUAAACGACCAUCAAGUGCAACGAAACAUGAUAUUCUUGAUGAAACAACCCGUUUUGCUACGACAUCACCUAAACCAUCAACAUCAAGAAUACAAUCUGCAUCUAGUAAACGAUCACAACCAAUUGUUGAGGAUGAAAAACGAGUUACAUUACCUGAUGAAACUAGUUUCAAUACAGAUGGUAAUAAUCAAGAGGUCGCAUCUAUGAUUCGACCUGCAUCACGAGCUAAAUCACAUUCAUCAACAUCUGAUGAUUUACAUAAAACUGUGAUAGAUGUUGAAUCUCAACGACCACAAUCACCAUUUGUUGGUGAACAAGCUCAACCAUCAUCACGAAUAACAAGUCCACAAAUAACAAAAAGUGAUACAAAUAUAUUAACUAUUGAUCAAUCAUCUCCAUUAAAUGAUCAUGACGAGGAACAAAAACAAACGCUCGAACCAUCAACAGCUACAAUAUCAUCAGCGUCAAGACGAGAAAGUACAGAUAAAUUGGAUCAACAACAAUCAUCUCGAUCAUCAAGUGCUAUUAAAUCAAGAGUUAAUGAUAAUUCUGAAGAAUCAUCAACAACGAAAUUAAAUAAUGAUUUCAUAGCAACAAAUGAACAAUCAAAAUUAAUAAAACUUGGCGAACAACUUCAAAUACCAACAAAUGAUAUUGAUAAUGAACAAAUCAAUAGUCCACCACCAUCUCCAUCAGGUAUUAAACAAAUAGUAUCAACAAAUCCUGUCUUAGAAAGUAAUCUUGUUACAACAGAUCAAGAUCGUUCUCGAACACCAAGUGAAACAAAUCGUAAAAGUUUGACAUCAACGUCAAUUAGCAAUGAAAAAGUUAUUGAUGGUGAUGUUGUCUCAUCAAAAAGUCGACGAAGUAGUACUACAAGUCAACAACAACGACAAACGACUGUUACUGAUCAAAAAUUGAAUUUAUCGUCAAGUCGUACAGGAAGUAGUGCAUCUGAACAGCGAGUUUCUAGUAAACGAGGAAGUAUUACUAGCGAACGAAAACCUAUUAGUCGACAAAAUUCAUUGGAUCAACAAAGAAAAACACCAUUGAGCCAAUCAUCUAGUCGAAAAACAAGUUUAAGCGAACAAAAACAAGUUCCUAGUGGUCGAAAAAGUGAACAGCAAUCAGCUACGGGCCGUGAGAAACAAAUAUCUAGUUCUCGUCGUGCAAGUUCUACAAAACCAGAACCAACAAUUACUAAUAAUGAUACCAGAGACAGUCGUCGUUCAUCAACAGAUACUGAUGUUCCUCUUCGAACAUCAGCUAAACAAAAACAAGAACGUAUUUUAUCAACUGAUAAACGACAAUCAUCAUUACGUCAACGUUCUGGACAACAAUCAAUAACAACAGAUCAAACUGUAGUUACUCCAGUAAUAGUGGAUUCAAAACAAUCUCAACAACAAAAUGGAAAACGUGCAUCAAUUACAGAUUCUGAUUAUGAACAGUUAAAUACUUCAAAAUUACCACGAGUUAGUUCAACAUCACAACAAGAUAACUUUCAUCAUUCCGCAGUUAAACAAGCAUCAUCAUCAGAAACAACAACACCUAGAGAAAAUAAUCAAACAUCACAAUGGACUAAAGCUCUUGUUCCACCAAUUCAAGUGACUGAUGAUGAAACUCCAUUAUCAAGACCACAAUCACCAAAUCCUCAACAAAUCGCUGAACAUAAUCGAAUUUCAGCAAAAAAUAAAAAACGAAAUACUAAUGAACAAAAAAAGAAAGAACAAAAUCGAUCAUUACAUCGAAGUAAUAGUGCUGAAUCGUCUAAUUAUAUUCCACUUGUUGAUGAUAAAUCAAUCGAUUCGACAUCGGAUGUUAAUACAGAAUAUGGACAACAAAAACAACGGCGUAUUAAAUCGAAAAAAAGAGAUGUUGAAACUAAUACGGAUCAAAGGAUAGAUUCAAAAAAACAAGAAUCAACUCUUCAAAAACCUUUAAAAGCAACUAAACCAAUAUCGGAUCAUCUUCAAAGCACAAAUCGUCGUUCUACAACAAAAGAACGAACUUCAACAUCAACACCUGAUACAGAACUUGAUUCCAAUAGACCUAUUGUUCCACGUUCAGUUAAAAAAUCCACUAAUGAUAAUGAACCAGUUAACGUUAAUGUAACUGUUCUUGUUAAAAAUUUAACUGAUCAAGAUAAUAAUGAAAUGUCUCAAAAACCACAAAAGAAACAAAACAUAAUUAAAUCAUCAACCGAUUAUGAUCGCCAUACACAAUCGGAUACUGAACAAAUUAUAACUGAAAAACAAAAGAAACGUCGUCGACCUAAACGUAUAUCACGUACAACACAAACAUAUGAAUGUGUUUUUCGACGUAUGGAACGUGAACAACAUGAAGAAUUACGUCCAACAAAUGAUACAGAUAAAAAUAUUCAAACACGAAAAUCACAAUUAUGUCCAAGAUCAAAAUCACCAAGAAAACAUUAUCCAACUUAUAUAUCAACUGAUGCAUUCAAAAUUGAAGAAAUUCUACCAAAACAAUUUCCACAAACUCAACGUAAUGCAUCAAAAACAUCAAUGGUUGCUCGAACUAUUUCACCACAAAAUGGUAAAUUAUUAAUUCUUCGUCCAACACUUCCUUUUCAUCAUACUGAUGCUGUUAAUGUACAACGUGUAUGUCUUCAAUAUGCUAUUGAUUUAAUUCCUAAUGAAAAUAAAUUAAACGAUUCACCAUAUGCGCAACGAAAUAAAUCACACGCUCUUAAACAAUCCGAACAAACAACUAAUUUACCUAUGAUACGUUCAUCAUCACCAGCAACAAAUAUGCCAACAAAUAAAUCAAAUACUAAAGAUAAACCAACUUCGAAUAGAAUUGAAGAUCGUAUUCAUCAACGUAAAAAUGGUGGUGCUGUUUGA